GAAUUGUCUUUGAGCACACAAACACACUGUGACCCCUGAAGAUUGGUCAAUUAUAAAACAUUUGUAUUUCAUAUUGUAUUGUAGUGGACUAACAGUCAUCACAAGAAUUCCAUUGCUUUCCUACUCGGCAGGUAAUUUACCAGGCAAAUUCCAAGUCUCCGAUGCUGAGUCAAGUAUGAGACCAAGCAACUUCGAGUUGGAUAAAUCUGAUUUGGUUAAGUCAGUUCGAACAGAGGAAUAUUGCAAUUUCACGACUGAAAAUAUAGCAGCUGAAAUGUCUAAUCAAUUAAAUAAUAAUAGUGCAUCCACAGAAAGACGUCAAAACAGUCAGAGCUGUAGAAAGUUAGAAAGUAACCAACCUGGUGUAUGUGUGAUUGUUCAACCUUCUUCUUCAUUCCAAGAUCCAGAUCCGUCGUCUUCGUCGUCGUCGUCGUCAAAUGCGACACUUUCUGAUGGUGUUUCUCGAGACAGCGACUGGCGUAUCUGGGCUACGCAACUUUUAAAUGACAGUGAGGCAGUUGUCAAUAUGCUGCAGAAAGAGAAUGGAGGCCACAAUGAUUUGGUUAAGUCAGUUCGAACAGAGGAAUAUUCCAAUUUCACGACUGAAAAUAUAGCAGCUGAUAUGUCUAAUCAAUUAAAUAAUAAUAAUAAUAGUGCAUCCACAGAAAGACGUCAAAACAGUCAGAGCUGUAGAAAGUUAGAAAGUAACCAACCUGGUGUAUGUGAGAUUGUUCAACCUUCUUCUUCAUUCCAAGAUCCAGAUCCAUCGUCUUCGUCGUCGUCGUCGUCAAAUGCGACACUUUCUGAUGGUGUUUCUCGAGACAGCGACUGGCGUAUCUGGGCUACGCAACUUUUAAAUGACAGUGAGGCAGUUGUCAAUAUGCUG